AUGGAUUUGAGAGAAAAUGGCGUUUUGAACAUCGAGGACAUUGUUGUAUGGAUGAAGUUAAGUGAAAUUGCAAAAUCACUCAGCCAAGAAUGUCAAAUAGAUUGCCCCGUUGAAAAUGAAAACAUGGUUUGUGCCUUUGAAAUCAAAAAGAGCGCCUACAAAAUGUUUCCUAGCAAAUGCGCAAUGGAGGGUUUUGCUAAAUGUUAUGAUAUGGAUUUUGUGAGGACGCCGCUGAGAUAUUGUAUAAAGGAACAUUUCGCAUCAACACGACGCAUGUACGGCGAAUCUUGUCCCGUGUUCUGCCCCAGUCAUUACCGACCCGUAUGCGGUGCUUCUAAAUACAGAGAUUAUUUGUACAGGACUUUCACUAACGGUUGUUAUCUAGAUAUGAUUAAUUGCAGAGGAGACGACGAUUUCACAGGUUACGUCGAAGUUCCACUACAAUUCUGCCAAAGACAUCUAAUGAAAAAUAUAUUCAAAGAAAAACUCAUAAUGUCAAAUGCCUACGACCAUCGCGAUUAUUAAUAUAACAA